AUGGCAUCAAUCGCACGCAACACACUGCGCACGGCGCUGCACCAACCAUCUUCAUUCGCCUCAACCUCCGCAGCAGUCGCAUCGAGCAGUAAACUCCCUUCACCCUCGCGCUCCAACUCAACCGUCGCUACACCACUCGGUACCCCAUCAUCUGACGUCGAAUCGGAAGCAGGUCCGACCCCCGUACAAUACAGCUACUUCGUCCCGCGCGUCGGUAAGACGCUCUCCUCUCUCCCCGUCUACACCGAUGUACGCAACGGUGGCACGCGCACCAUGACCGAAGUCCGCAAGAUCCAAGGCUCCAUCUCGGACCUCAAGACCGACCUCUCCCUCUUCCUCGCAGAAUCCUACGCCGAUGCAGAGGCAGACAUGUUCGGACAGGAGGUGAAUAAGAAGCCGCUCCGCGUCAAGCCAGGACGGAAGAUGUUGGCGAGGACGGGCAACCCGAGCUAUCUGGAUCCCGUUCAGACCGGCAAGGUUGUGGGGAGCGGGAAGAUCAAGAUCCGAGGGAAUCGGGUGGAUGAGGUGAGGGCCUUCUUGGAAAGUAGAGGGUUCUAA